ACAUGUAAUGGCUAUGGCAGUUCAGAAAAUAUUCCCAAAUUCCAAGGUUACAAUUGGUCCUUGGAUAGACAAUGGAUUCUAUUAUGACUUUGACAUGGAGCCUUUAACUGAUAGGGAUUUGAAGAGAAUAAAAAUGGAAAUGGAUCGGAUCAUUAAGCGCAAUCUACCUUUACGGAAAGAAGAUGUUUCCAGAGAAGAAGCUAAAAACAGAAUAUCAGCAAUCAAUGAGCCUUACAAACUGGAGAUCUUGGAAAGCAUCAAGCAAGAUUCUAUUACUAUUUAUCAUAUAG